AUGCGCUCAUGGAGCGGGAUCUCGUAUCCAUUCAACAAGCUGUGCUAUGCGAUUGGGGAUGGCACCACACCCGCGGGUAAUACGCAUAUCGUCGCCUUUGGCGGGAAACAUAACCACCUCCAACCAGAAGAAAACAUCGAGGAGACAAAGCAGGCGGUGCGGAAUCUGGCGCCGGGCAUGAUGGAUAUUCAGCGUUUGGUGUUCCACAACUGGUGCAAGGAUGAGUUUUCCAAGGGAGCUUGGUUCUUUUCUCCUCCCGGCUUGUUGUCGACAUCGCUGGAUGCCCUCCGUGCACCGCACGGGAAUGUUCUAUUUGCGAGCUCGGACUGGGCUGUUGGUUGGAGGAGCUUUAUCGAUGGUGCGAUCGAGGAGGGGACUCGAGCAGCGAUGCGGGUGAAGGAGGAGUUGAUUAAGCCGGCAAGUCAACUGGUCAACUGGUGUCCCGCAUCCCGCAUCCCUGCAGCCUCAGGCAUCUUGCAGUCAGCUCCCCGCACAUUCGGAUUCCUCCGUAUUUCCGAUUUCGUCCGUGGCAGUGCACAUACUGCUGCACCAGUUUCAGCCGCGCAGAGCAUCUGCGGCGACACCUUCGGUCGCAUGAAAAUCUCAGGCCCUACUCCUGUGGGCUCUGUCGGCGAUCGUUCACUCGAAAAUCUUCUGAAACGCCAUGAGAGGACAUGCAGAGUCCGAGAAGAACCGGAGGAUGUCGUGGAGGCUCCUGCAAACUUUCAGUCAGAUCAGCUAGAUCAACUGAGUGGCUGUGAGAGAGCUAUUGUCUCAUCAUGGUCAACCCGAGAUGGAGACAUUCUUCCUGACCUCCCGGGCUCGGUGGACUUUGCCGCGCUGGACUUGUUAUUUGCACCACCACUGGCUUCGGACAGCAUCACCGUGGCUGAGAGGCUGGAAUAUCUGGCCUACUUUACGAGCGCCAAUGGUAUGGCCACGUUUUUGGAUCGCGAGACGCUCAAACAACGACAGGAGCUCCUCAAGUGGAGUGACCGACACCCUUGUUCUGCAGACUUGCUGCCAGAGACCAUCGACCCCUCACUCAUCCACCUAUCGUCAUCCAGUCACGAAGAUAUCCUCAUGCAUAAGGCCCACGAUAUCACCCAACACCUCCACCGAACCAUCAACACAAAAUCAGACAAAACCAUCAUCAAACUGGACUGGUCCCCUGCCGUCCAAGAAUCCUGCUCCGCCUUCUUUUCUGCUAGCAACAUCCGCCGCUUUCUAGAGUAUUUCUGGUCGCUGUGGUACCCCAGCUGUCCCAUCGUGCACCGCCCGUCGUUCGAUCCAGAGACGGCACCGACCGUUCUGCUGUGUGUUAUGCUGAUUAUUGGAGCGUGUCUGUCGCCGCAUGAGGAAGACAGCCAAGCGGCCAAGAUGUGGUUGGACAGCGUUGAAGAAAUGGCGUUCAGCGAUGGGUGUUUCAUGGAGAAAGAGACGUCCGACACGUCGAUCGGUCUGCUAUACGACAAGGCUGAAUGGAGGAAGAAGCGCGUCGAAUGUGUACAAACCGCGUAUCUGGUCUGCUCACUGCAGAAAAGAGAAGGGUCUGUGGAGGCGCAGGGGCGGCUGGCGAGAGACAUCGGGCUUGAAUCGGCCACACACCGCAACUUGCGGCUGGAGAGCCCGUCCGAGUCCUGGUGGAGGCAGUUUAUCGUCGAGGAGGAAUUGAUUCGGACUCUGACGUAUGUAUUUUUGAUUGAUGCCGCUAUGGCGAUCCUCCACCACACGCCUCCACGGAUGGUGGUUUCGGAGCUCAAGAUGGACAUGGCUUGUCCCGAGGCUUGCUUUCAGGCAGACACGGCUACAGAAUGCUUCAACGCACUGAGGGAGUGGGAAGGGUGUAUCUUCUGGUCUGAGAGAUUGUCCAUCACUGCUGUUGUACGGAGGAUAUGCCAGCGACAGCUGGAUGAUCGCUCCGUGCUUGAGUUCUCAAAGAUGGGAACGCUGAAUCUGUUUACGACUGUACAAGCUCUGCACUCUCUCACAUUUCACCUGCAAAACUCCUUGGUCUUCGAGUCCACCCUCGCCCCGGUCCAAACUGGGUUGGAGAACUGGCGUCGAAUAUGGAACGAACGACAACCCGAGGACAAGGACAUUCCCGACGAACCACAGACCAUCUGGAAGAAGAUUGGCUUUGUGCGGUAUGCACCUGAAUUCUGGCACUUGGCUCGCAUCAUCGUUGCCCGAAUCAUCGCCAGUGCUAGGGAUGAACAAAGUCCUGUAUUGCCUACGGAGCAGGGACUUUCCCGCUUCGACCAUACUGAUAUGAGCGAUAUUAAUGGAUUGAUCAUGGAGUACCGACAACUGAACCUGGGAGUUACACCAUGA